GAUCCAUGUGCAAAAAGAUUGGUGAAAUCACCAUAUUUGAGGGGCUAGUGUUUAUCUUGUGUGGCAUUGUAGCUUUUCAUCUCUUAACUUUCUAUCUAGAAAUCUUUACCAGUAAUCUAUAUUUUGUGUGAUAUUUGUUUCUACCUUUCAAUGAACUUUUUCUUCUAAGUUUACAGUUCAACAUCGAACUCACUACCUAUAGGACAAUACUCUGAGCAAUAAAAAUAAAUAGUUCAUAAUUUUUGACGUGACGACUUUCGUUUUAAGAAUAUAUAUAUAUAUAUAUAUAUAUAUAUAUAUAUAUAUAUAUAUACACACAUAUAUAUAUAGAAACUCUAUUAAUAACCCAGGGUGAAGAAUAAGUAAUUCUUCACCCUGGUCGAGCGACCCAGCCAGUCGACACCAUCGCACCCGCUUUUGACCCGCACCACUCUCCUACCCACCUAAAAAAAUUACCACCGUUUAUGCCCACGUCCCCACAUUUUUUGGGUCGAUUUGAUUUGUGAGCGGAAAGCGGUGAGCAGUUCUGGAGGCGAGCGGCGGCAGAUUUCGGCAACGAGCGGGCGGCGGCAUAUUUUGGUUGGAGGCUGCUGCUUGCGGCGCUGGGGUGACCCCGUGGACCGGUGGCAACGUCGAGGUGAGCAGCGAUGCGGGAGGCUCCGCUGCGGGUGGCGGCCUUGUCGGCCGGCGACAUUCCGGUGGCUGUCAGCAGGGGAAUAAGCACCUUGCUCUCCUCUGCGACCUCAUCAUCAAUUGGAAUCGAGAAGGUCACAUCCCGUUGCUUACUCUCCAUGAGAAGCCGCCAGAAUCGAUCGCCACCUCCCUACCUGAGCGCCACCAGUCGCCCCAACUUCCAGAUCCCGCCCAUCAGCGCCUCAAAAGUCCCUCAUCGCCGCGCUGGUGCUGCUGCCUCCAUUCCUGGUUCCUCUUUGUCGUGCAAGGCAACAAAGGAGAGUCACCAUGAAUGCGAGGCUCGCCACCCCCGUGUUCACGACUGCUCCGGAGUCCUGACGAGGCAGAGGUCGUUGCUGGCAAUCAUUCAGCGAGCAUGCUGUAAUAAAAUGAUUUUUUACAAACAAAACUAUAAAAAUGAAUCUGAGAAAUGUUCCGAGAUCGCCGUACUGCGUUUCAAAAACAAAUGUAGUUGAUCCAAGUCAGCGAGCAUGUUGUGAUGAAAUGUAAAAACAAAUAUGGUUAAACAAAUCUGCCGAGAUCGCCGCACACCAAGUA